AUGUUAUGUGGAAACGGCGUCGUUACUGCGGCAGCAAUACUUCAGGAUCAUUUACCCCUUCAAGAUCAUACAGUACCGCUUCUGGUUCCGGACACCAAACACAGCAGCAACCUUGGUUUCUUUGAGCCACAAAAUCUACCGCUGUUCCAGGAUCAUCCUGUCACUGAUGUUGCUAGUGAUAGCGAUAUCCAUAGCCGGCUCCAUAUUAGUGGUAAAUGUUUUUUUGUGUUGGAAUGA